AUGUCACUUGCUACAAAGAGAGGAUCUAAGGAAACAGAACUGCAAUGUAAAAGGACAGAAAAGCAAUCAACCAUCUGCUUGCAGCAAGUGAAUGUAGAUCCUUCAGAUGAUGAAGCUAUUGAGAAAACGGGUGAUAACAGGACAACAACAAAUCAAGAUUCCAAGCCUGCUGUGAAAAAGAAAAGAAAGCAGCCUACAGAGUGUUUUCUAAGUCAUCCUGAAGAAAAACAAGAGACAACUGUAAAGGCAAAGAAGAGGAAAAAGAAGAAAAUUUCUGAUAUUCUGGAGAAAUCUGCUCCAAAACCUGGUGUCCCUGCAGAUCUACAAAAUCUGCUUAGCCAAUAUUUUGCUGAAAACCGUUCAGUGAUUGAAAUAGAGGAAUUAAAGCUGUCAGAUUCCUGUUUUUUGCCAGCCAAUGAUCUCACCCACAGUUUUUCUUCAUACCUGAAGGAAAUCUGUCCUAAGUGGGCAAAACUCCGUAAAAACCAUAAGGAGAAGAAGUCGGUGGUGAUGCUUGUUAUCUGCAGUUCUGCCCUUCGUUCCUUGGAACUCAUCAAGUCAAUGACAGCAUUUAAAGGAGACUGCAGAGUUCUCAAGCUGUUUGCAAAGCACAUAAAGAUAAAAGAACAGAUGAGUAUGUUGGAGAAAGGUGUGUUCCACAUUGGGGUUGGAACUCCUGGGAGAGUAAAAGCACUAGUGGAGCAAGAUGGCUUGUGCUUGAACUCCACAAAAUACAUGAUUCUGGAUUGGAACUGGAGAGAUCAGAAACUAAGGAGAAUGAUGGAUAUCCCUGAGAUAAAGAAAGAAACAAUUGACCUUCUGGAGAUGUGCAUUAUAAAGCUGUGCAGAGAGGGUUCUGUGAAGCUGGGACUCUUUUAAUAGUCUUACCAACAAGGAAGUCGUUUGCAGCUGUGUUUUACUGUUACCCUGUCUGCAGUUGGCAAGCAGUGAACGAGUGAUGGAAUUAAGAAUUUUUACUUCUCAGAGGUCUCUCGGUACAGAAAGAAUGCACAUUGCAACUUUUUUGGUGUUCUCUUUUAAUAAUAAAACAGACAUUUUGUUUGU